AUGAGAUUCACGAUAGUGUUAGCAAUGACCCUGGUGGUCUUGGUCGCGAAUGCCUUAGGCUCCGAAGUGAUAAACUUGGAACAAAAAACCUUUGAUCAAUCCGUUUCCAAGGGACGGUGGUUUGUCGAAUUCUAUGCACCUUGGUGCGUUCAUUGUCAAGAGUUGGAGCCCACAUGGAAUCAACUGGCUAAUGAACAAGGAGAUUUCCUAAAGAAGAAAAACUUUUAUAUUGCCAAGGUUGAUUGCACCCUCCACGGAGAUAUUUGUGAAAAGAACGGCGUGAAAAAUUUUCCAUCAUUAUUCUUGUAUAACAAUGGUAAUAAAUUAGACAUGUAUAGUGGCUCCCGAACUCUAGAUUCCUUAACCGAAUUUACCAAGACCAAGGCUGUGGAAUUAUACGAGAAAGACACCGGAGAAGUGAUCGCUCUGGGCGAGGAAACUUCAGGUGGAUCUGUUCCACAAAAUCCGCUGGGGACAGUUGUUCCACUGACUGGCAAAAACUUUGACGAACUGGUAAGCUCUGGACCAUGGUUUAUUAAAUUUUUUGCUCCAUGGUGUGGUCAUUGUCAACACUUGGCACCUACCUGGGAAAAAUUGGGUAAAAGUUUAAAGGACAAAUUGAACGUCGGGGAGGUAGACUGUACCAUUGAUGGAGAUUUGUGUAAAAAGUAUAAAAUUCUUGGAUACCCGACUUUGAAACUAUUCCAAAGUCCCGAUGACAUAGUUGAUUACAAGGGAUCACGACAGUUGCAAAACUUACUAGAUUUCGCCGAAAGGGCUGGUGCUGCUCGCAUAUCUGAAAUCAAUUCGGAAGAGCUUGACGAAGCAAAAGAGACUGACGAUGUUCUAUUCAUUUAUCUAUAUGAUGAGUCGACGCCCCUUGAAUUUUUGCGAACCAUGAAAACACUAUCACGCUCUUUCUUUUCGUUAAAAUUCUAUUCUAGCAAAGACAAAAACCUUGCUAAAGUUUUGAAAGUCGAAAGUACUCCAGCGUUGAUAGUUUUGAAGGAUGAUAUGCAAAAAACUUAUCCUGCCAAGUCACCCGAUGAUUUCACUAACCUUGAUGCAUUAAGGAAAUGGAUUCGAUCAGAAAAAUAUCCUCUUGUACCAGAAAUGGAUUCGGAAAAUUACGAAGAUAUUUUGAGUGGUGAUAGAUUGGUGGUUCUAGGUGUACUGCAACCGAACGAAGUGGAAAAUUUCACCAGGAACAAGGAAUCCUUGAAGAAAGCCGCGAAAAUCCAUCAACAAACCAAGAAAGAUGGUGGAUCAGAUGAUGACAGAAGCAUUAUGUUUGCUUGGUUGAAUGGCAAUAGAUGGACCGAUUAUAUUUAUAACGUUUACGGAAAAAGUAUAAAGGAUAUACCAGUGGUACUAAUUGUCGAUCUAAAGUCAAGUGAAUACUAUGACGCCACUAAAACAGGGGAAAAAAUUUCAUUUGAAAGUAACCAACUUCUCGAAACAAUUUAUGAUGCCAAGGAAAAACACCUGAUUGGCAAAAAAAGUCACAAAGAAACCAAACCACAUUAUCAUCACAUUCUAACGGAAAGUCAUGAUAAAGUUGGAUUGAUUACUUUAAAUCGACCAAAAGCGUUGAAUGCUUUGUCGAGUGAUAUGUUUCAUGAGAUUAACGAGGCAUUGGAAAAAUUCGAUAACGAUCCGAACAUUGGCGCCAUUGUGAUUGCUGGAAAUGAAAGAGCUUUUGCUGGCAAGUACAUUAUGCCUCCUGGUGCUGACAUCACAGAAAUGCGUGGUAAAACUUAUGCUCAGGUUUACAAGUCUAAUUUUCUUAGUAACUGGGGUAAAAUUAACGACGUUAAGAAACCCACAAUUGCUGCCGUAAAUGGCUUUGCGUUGGGCGGUGGGUGUGAAUUAGCUAUGAGUUGUGAUAUAAUUUAUGCCGGUGAAAAUGCCGCAUUUGGUCAACCCGAGAUUAAGCUUGGUAUCAUUCCAGGUGCCGGAGGCACUCAACGACUCACAAGAGCAAUUGGAAAAUCAAAAGCGAUGGAGAUCGUAUUGACAGGUAAAAAAUUUACAGCUCAAGAUGCCGAAAAAUGGGGUCUAGUGAGUAAGGUACUACCUGUUGAUAAGGUACUCGAAGAGGCCAUUAAACUAGGCCAAGAGAUUGCAAGUCUUUCCCAACCUUCUGUUCAAGCUGCUAAGGAAGCUGUUAAUAACGCAUUUGAGUUAUCGUUAAAAGAAGGAAACCAUUUCGAAAGAAGAUUAUUCUAUAGUCUAUUCUCCCUGGCUGACAAGGAAGAAGGAAUAAGUGCAUUUUUAGAUAAACGCGAACCAAUAUGGAAAAAUGAGUAA